AAGUGAUACUCGUGAUAUGACAGACACAUGAAUCGAUACGCUUCCUGUCACGCUGUCGAUUCGCCUCGCCUACCCUUUCAUCACCCAUAUAUAUCCCGCCCUCCCACUUCUCCUCCCUUCUCCACCGUCCGAUUCAACCCCGUUCCGUUCGGUUCGUAGCUCAGCUCCCGAUCCCCCAUCUCUGGCGCGCGCGCUCUCUCUCUCUCUCUCUCUCUAUUGCAAAUGGCGGCUGUCCGUGGAACCCUUGCUCGCCGCUUAUUCCAGAUCGCUAAGGUCGGUUCGUCCGCUGGCGCCGCCAAACCCCUACCCGGCGCCCGCAAUGAACCGCGUCCGAUUCGGUACUUCCUCUCCUCCUGUCCUCAGAAACAACCGUUCUUCCAGCUGCCGCUGCCGCCGGACCGCCUCGCGCUCCCCGUCGGCGACCCGCUCGUCCGGUGGAUCCGCGGCCUCAACUCGGACCGGAUCCGCCUCGACCUGCACCUUACGCCUUCGGGAUCGAUCCCCGCGGGAGCGGACGAGGUAGCCAGAGGAGAGAAGGGGAUGUUGGUGGGGGACGUGAGGAAGGCCGUGAGGGCGUCGCAGAUGGAUGCGGCGAGGGCGAGACUGACGGCGACGGGUGAGAGCUGCGUCGCCUACUCGGAGUUCGUCCGGAUCUGCAGCGAGGCGUCGGGCGGCGAGCGGGGCGUGGAGGUGGCGCGAUCGCUCGACGAGUUGGGAGCGGUGAUCGUUUGGGGCAACGUCGUCUUUCUACGGCCGGAAGAGGUAGCCAAGGCAAUCGAGACGGCGAUGAUCCCGUCGGUUGAGGACGCUGAGAGAGGAGAAGAGCUGAGGAGGAUGGAGGAGACGAAGGCGGAGAUCGACCGGAGCGCGGCGGCGCUGGUGAGGAAGGAGCUGUGGUGCGGGCUGGGGCUUAUGGCGGCGCAGACGGCGGCGUUCAUGCGGCUGACCUUCUGGGAGCUGUCGUGGGACGUGAUGGAGCCGAUCUGCUUCUACGUCACCUCCAUCUACUUCAUGGCCGGUUACGCCUUCUUCCUCGCGACAUCCAGAGAACCCUCCUUCGAGGGCUUCUUCGAGAGCCGCUUCGCCGCCCGGCAGAAGCGGCUGAUGAGGGCCAGAGAAUUCAAUGUCGAGCGCUUCAACGAGCUAAUCGGGGAUUGCCGCCGCCCGCAUCCCUCGUUCGCACCCGUUAGUAUGCGGAAGACAUGACCCGAGCAAAGAGGCCGCCUUAUCAACGGGAAUAAUCUUAGACUUGAUGGGAACGAAAGAAAAAAUAUAUAUAAAUAUAAAUAUAAAUAUAAAUAUAAAUUAUCAUGUUAAGUCAAAUUUUAAUUAUCCAGACCUAAGACCUAAUCUGGUUUUUUUUUAAUCAAUCUGAAGUUAAACUUUAUCAAUCUGAUCCAAUCAAUGUUGGACAGUCCCGAUAAUGUACUUUCGAUCCUCAAGUUAGUGAGCUAGACGGGAUACGACGUAUUGGGACGUAUUUGAGAAUGGUAAACGCUUCGACACAUGAUGUAAAUCGAAUGACGGAGUGUGAAUGGUUAAUAGGAAGUGGUGAGAUCGUUGAGUAUUAGCGUGCCUAUCUUAUAAUAUCGUGGUGUUAGUUAUCUAAUGUCAAAAGUAUAAAUUAUGUGGUACUAAAGUAUUGGGCUCCUGACAUUGGAGUGUCGGUCAUGUAGUGCUGAGAUAUCGAGUGCUUAACGUUGAGGUAUCGAUUAUGUGAUAUUGAGGUAUCGACCACUUGAUGUCGAGAUAUUAUACAUGUGA